UGUAAUGUAUACUGGAUAAAAAUUUAUAAUAAAAACUACUAUAUACAUAGUAGUACAUAUCAAGAACCGAACAAACUAUUAUAAUAAAGAGUUUUAUAAUAAGAAGUAAUAUAUUUUAAGUAAAAAACAAUAACUUUAAGAAACUUUGAAAAUAAGCAAUCAAUCCAUAUGGUAAAUGUAACAGGUGUUACUGCAUACGUGAAAUUAAAUUUUACGUUUCAAGAAUAAAAAUACAAUAAACAAUGGAAUCUUCUCAGUUAGAUAAUAUUUCUAAUACGAAAUAUAUUAAAGGGGAUAACGACUAUAUUCAAUAUGGAACAGCUGGUUUUAGAACAAAGGCAAAUGUUCUUGAACAUGUGAUGUAUAGAAUGGGACUUCUAGCAGUAUUAAGGUCUAAAAUUAAAAAAGCUGCAGUUGGUUUAAUGAUUACUGCAAGUCACAACAUUGGAUCUGAUAAUGGUGUGAAACUUAUAGACCCAGCUGGUGAAAUGUUAGAAGCAUCUUGGGAACAUAUAGCUACUAAUUUAGCUAAUGUUGAUGAUUCAGAAUUACCUUCUAUGCUACAGCAGAUUUUAAAAGAACAGCAUAUUGAUAUGUCUGUAAAUGCAACUGUAAUAACUGGUAGAGAUACUAGAGAAAGUGGUCCAUUACUACUACAAGCUGCUAUUGCAGGAAUUCAAGCCUUAAAUGGAACUCUAAAUGAUUUUGGAAUAGUUACAACUCCUCAGUUGCAUUAUAUUGUUGUAUGCACAAAUACUCAUGGCAGUUAUGGCAAUCCUACACUACAUGGCUACUAUGUAAAAUUAUCAGAAGGAUUUAAGUACAUAAGACAAAGUGAGAUUAAUAAUGGACAGUACGUCGCAGAAUUGUCAUUAGAUGCUGCUAAUGGUGUUGGUGGUAUUGCAGCAAAAGAAUUUCAAAGUUACUUAGAAACAACACUCAAAAUUAAUAUAUACAACAAUGGAAAUGGAGAAUUAAAUCACAUGUGUGGAGCUGAUUACGUUAAAGUACAACAAGCACCACCAGCAAAUUUUCCUUUGAAAACAAAUGUUAGAUGCGUGUCCAUAGAUGGUGACGCAGAUAGAGUAAUUUAUUUUUAUUUGGAUGAAAACAAUAAAUUCCAUCUGAUGGAUGGUGACCGAAUAGCAACGCUUAUUGCCCAAUAUUUGAAAGAACUUUUACAAGAAAGUAAUUUGUCAUUUCAACUUGGCUUAGUACAAACCGCAUAUGCCAAUGGUGGUUCCACUAAUUACAUUUCAAAUGUAUUGCAAAUUCCAGUUGUCUGUGUAUCAACUGGCAUUAAACAUCUGCAUAAGAAAGCAUUAGAAUUUGAUAUAGGAGUGUAUUUUGAAGCAAACGGUCAUGGAACAGUAAUUUUUAAAGAUACUGUGGUUCAAGCGAUUAAAAAUGCUGCUACAAAUCCUCACUUGUCUACGACUGAAAAAAUGACUGCUUCCAAACUGAUGAAUAUAAUUGAUGUGAUAAAUCAAACGGUUGGGGAUGCUUUUAGCGACAUGUUACUAGUAGAAACAAUUUUACACGCAAAAGGUUGGAGUAUUAUAGAUUGGGAAAGAAGUUACGAUGACUUGCCUAAUAAGCAACUAAAAGUAAAAAUUAUUGAUAAAAAUGUUAUAACAACAAGUGACGCAGAAAGACUAUGCGUAACUCCUACAGGAUUACAAAAGGAAAUCGAUAAAGUUGUAUCACGGUACAAUAAAGGUCGAUCUUUCUUAAGGCCCUCGGGUACCGAAGAUGUGGUACGGGUAUAUGCAGAAUGUGAAAAUGAAAAUGAUCUUAAGAAAUUAAUUGUAGAUGUGGCAUCAUUAGUCUACAAACUUGCAGGAGGUGUUGGGCCCGAGCCUAAACUUUCAUAACGACAGACAUAUUCCUACGGCGAAGUUAUUGAACACCAACUAAACUGCAAUGAAAAUAUAAAAGUUUACAUAAAUCAUAAUAAAACAUUUAUAGAUUUUGAAACAAUAUUUAAUACAGUAGCAUUAUUAUUUUUAUGCAUUUUAUUUUGAACAUAUUUUAGUAUUAUUUUGAAAAUUUGUACUCUUUAUACAUUUAUAAAAAGUUCAUUACUAUGUUAAAUAUAUAAUGCUUGUAUUAAAUAUCAAAGAAUCCUGUAAAAAUUUAUGUAAUAGAAUUAGUAAGUUAACAAGACCCGGGUUAUAAGCCACAUCACUGAAAUAUUGAAUAUUUUCAAUUUAAUAAUGCAUGGAAAAAAUAUUUAUUACAUAGAUUUUCUUUCUUUACAAGUUUAGGACCAGUAUAACAAUAGAUACAUUAGGUGUGCAAUGUAGACAUCAGUUUGAAGUUUUCUUUUUUUUAAACUUUCAUUAAGCCUCAGAUAGUGGUUUCGAAUUAACAGAGACUGAUUUUUGUUUAUCUUAUGUACAAUGGUUUACUAUUUCUUUGUGUAAGAAAUAUUAAACUGACGAUCUAGAUUUACAAGGUAAAUUACCACUAUCCGAGGGUUGACAAUAAAAUAAUACUGACUGCUUACAUUCACGUAUCAAACAGUGAUGUGUAUCAGAACGAAAUAUAAAAUACUUCA